AUGAACAUCGAUUCGUACAAAAGCCUAACAGCCCAAAUCGGACGUUUGCGAUUGAGAAGAUAUGGCUCAACCCCAGCUCUAACCAUCUUCGUUGUCUACGCACCAACAUCGAGCUACGAAGAAGAGGAGUUGAAUUCGUUUUAUGUGGAUCUGGAGAGGCUCUACAGAGAAGACCACACUUUCUUCAAGGUCAUCGUCGGUGAUUUUAACGCCAAGUUUGGCCCUAGAAGAACGGGUAAUGAGCUUGUCAUCGAACUCACGGAUUGGAAUGAGCAGAGGGAAAGGCUGCCCGAGUUUAUCCUGUCGACCCACUCCAUCCAUGGUAACUCGCUAUUCUAG